AGUUUGUAGCUAGGACGCAUCGCGCCGGCGGCAGCAACGCUGCUAGGUCAGGGCGCGGGGCUGCUAGGACGCCGGCAUUUCUUCCCUGUGGAUUCCUUGCGCCAGGGUUGUUCUCGCUUCGAUAGAUCCGCAGGGUUUGGUUUUCUUCCAGGAUUCGAUUCUCCUUUUCUUCUCGUCUAUCGAUCGGCGAUGGAGCUGAGGAGCAGCGGCUGCCCCGGAUUAUGGACGCGGAUUUUGGUGCUGUGCUCGCUCCUCGCGAUUGUUUGCGGUGAGGCUCCCGCCGGCGCGGGAAUUUUGCGGCUCACACAUAGGUAUUCCGACCGGGAAGGAUCGAGCAGGGAGAGGGAUGGGGGCGGCGGAGGGAUGAGCAAGGAGCAUUUCCAGCUGCUGCUGGAUCACGACCGCGGGCGCAGGGGUCGAUUCCUCGCCGAGGGGGUGGACUUUUCUCUCGGAGGCACCGCCGAUCCUCUCUCCGGAGGGCUUUACUUCACGCAAGUCGGUCUUGGAAAUCCCGUAAAGCACUACAUUGUCCAAGUCGACACCGGCAGCGAUGUCUUGUGGGUGAAUUGUAGGCCGUGCUCGGGAUGCCCACGAAAAAGUGCGCUCAACAUACCUUUGACGAUGUAUGAUCCUCGAGAGUCAUCGACGACGUCUUUGGUUUCGUGCUCCGAUCCUCUGUGCGUGAGAGGGCGGCGAUUUGCCGAAGCUCAGUGCUCGCAAACCACCAACAAUUGUGAGUAUAUAUUUUCUUACGGGGACGGGAGCACGUCCGAGGGGUAUUACGUGCGGGACGCGAUGCAGUACAACGUUAUUAGUAGCAAUGGAUUGGCAAACACAACGUCGCAAGUCCUGUUCGGGUGUAGCAUCAGGCAAACAGGCGAUCUCUCGACGUCGCAGCAGGCUGUUGAUGGGAUAAUCGGGUUUGGCCAGCUUGAGCUAUCCGUGCCAAAUCAAUUAGCGGCUCAGCAAAACAUUCCUCGAGUGUUCUCACACUGUUUGGAGGGGGAGAAACGGGGAGGAGGCAUUCUUGUCAUUGGCGGCAUCGCGGAACCUGGAAUGACUUACACGCCUCUCGUUCCGGAUUCGGUCCAUUACAACGUCGUUUUACGUGGGAUAUCGGUGAACUCCAACAGGCUACCCAUUGACGCAGAGGAUUUCUCAUCAACGAACGAUACUGGAGUGAUCAUGGAUAGUGGAACUACUCUUGCGUAUUUCCCUAGCGGUGCUUACAACGUCUUCGUCCAGGCAAUUCGAGAGGCAACCUCUGCAACCCCGGUUCGUGUCCAAGGAAUGGAUACUCAAUGCUUUCUCGUGUCCGGAAGAUUGAGCGACUUGUUUCCAAAUGUCACUUUGAAUUUCGAAGGAGGAGCCAUGGAGUUGCAACCAGACAACUAUCUUAUGUGGGGAGGAACUGCACCGACUGGAACAACGGACGUGUGGUGCAUUGGGUGGCAAUCAUCGAGCUCCUCGGCUGGGCCCAAGGACGGAAGCCAGCUUACAAUCCUAGGAGAUAUCGUGUUGAAAGAUAAGCUCGUCGUCUACGAUCUGGACAACUCGCGCAUUGGCUGGAUGAGUUACAACUGCUCGGACGAAGUAAAAGUUGCUGGUCAUGCGGUCAUAGCCUCGCAUCUCGACUCCAACGCCGCCAUUUCGACAAAACCAUCCAGAGUUGUGAUAUUCUUACUUGUUUUCAUCCUCUCGGUGUGUAUACAUUGAUUUCUCUUUGGGAAAAAGCAUACACAGGCACCAUACAAUGGAGAGAAUGUUUCUCCCAUUUUGGUACAUUUGUAAAAGCAAGUGAUUGAUUGAUUU